CACAGACAGACCCCGGACAUGUCCACCUCGGCCAAGCAUGAGAGGACCGUUUGUGUUCUGCUCCCCAACAAAGAGCAGCUGGACGUCACCGUAGGGCUCAAGUCCACAGGACAGGAUGUUUUCAACCGCGUCGCAGAGCUCCUGGGAAUCAAGGAACUCUACUUCUUUGGUCUCACCGUCGUAAAGGACAACGAGCACAUAUUUCUAGACAUGGAGGAGAAACUGACCAAGUACUUCCCCAAAGACUGGAAGCAAGAGGCCGUGAAGGGGUUACAGAGGAGAGCCCUGCCGGUGGUGCUGUGCCUCAAGGUGCAGUACUACGUGGAGAACGGCCGACUCAUUUGUGAGCGGAAGGCACGGCAUCUGUACUACUCGGACUUGCGGGAGCGGGUGCUGCGCUCCGAAUGCCGUCAGCAGGAGGAGGUGUAUUUCCAGCUGGCCGGUUAUGCCCUGCAGGCUGACCUGGCUGACAGCCCGCUGCCGGGGGACGACCAGGGGGCUUAUUUUGAGCCCAAGGAGUACUUCCCACCCUGGAUAGUGGCCAAGCGUGGGGUAGAUUACCUUCUCUGCCACGGGCCCAAAGUGCACCGGGAGCUGUGGGGCAUGUCCGCUCGUGAUGCCAUCCUGCACUUCAUCAAAGAGUCGUGCCGACUGGAGGAUGUGCCGGUCACUUACUACAGACUGCAAAAGGACAGGACGGCGGAGAGGGGGACGGCGCUGCUCGGUCUCACCCUGCGAGGAAUGCAGGUUUAUCAGGAGGUGAGCAACAUUCGCCAGCUGCUGUACGACUUCCCCUGGUCCAACGUGGGACGCCUCACCUUCCUGGGGAAGAAAUUCGAGAUCCAGCCCGACGGCUUGCCCUCGGCCAGGAAGCUGGUGUACUACACCGGCUCGCCGUUCCGCUCCCGCCACCUCCUCUUGCACCUGAGCAACAGCCACCGCCUCUACCUCAGCCUCCAGCCUGCCCUGAAGCACCUGCGCCAGCUGGAGGAGAGCGAAGAGAAGAAGCGCUACAGAGAAUCCUACAUCAGCGAUGACCUGGACCUGGAUCCCCCGGGCAGCGAGAGCAGCCCCGGCCUUUCCAGACGCUCCACCAGCAGCUCCGGGAUCGAGGCGGACGCUCGGCAAACCAGCGUCUCCGCGGAGGAAGAAGGUCAGCGGAGAACGGAGGGGUGUUUCGGCUCAGCAGCCAGCUGCGGCGGCUCGCGCACCUCCGGCGUCGACACGGGCAGUAAGGCUCGCACGGACGAUGAAGACUGUCGGGACGAAGAGAUCCAGGCCAGUGUGAGCAGUCCGGGGGAGGUUCUUGUUGACGACCCCGCCGAGGUGCUCCAACUGACGGAUAUUCUUGGCAGCCUGUCGGCGGAUUGCCCAUUGCUCACCUCAAAUACCCAUCCGCCAGAGAACAAAGCGCGUUCCCCAGACGGUGGUGACGAGUCAGAGGAUUUACAGAGCAGGGAUUCCCUAGAAGAGGUGAUGAAAUCUCGGGUUCACGUCGGCGUAGAUCGACACAGUCAGAGCCUGGAUGACGUUCGCCUGUUCCCUCCUCCUGUGCCCCUAGGGACCACGCUACCGCCCGACUCAUCCCACAGUUACACCUUCGGCCUUCCAGAGCCCCCACGAAACGCCAAGAGCCCCGCAGACCACAGCUACUACCCGCCGCUGCACUGCCAGGCCAAACCCUCCUUCUAUGGUCGCAGGUCUGCCAAUUGCCUCUCCCUGGACUUGCUGGGGGAUGAACAGUUACUGGAAUUCGUACUGUAAAAACCCCUGAUGUCCAUCUAUAAAGACAUCGCUUUACUUCCAGAUGGGAUGGCCGCCACACUACAUAGUGUAUGUGGAUUUCUCAUAGUGUUUGGUGGUGGAGGUGGUGGCAGUAUGGAACAUGUGGACUUGUAUUUUCAUGCAAAUAUUAAAAUUGCUAGUGACAUUGCUGAGGGAACCAUCUUCCCCCCGAAAUGCUCCUUGUAUCAUUUGUUUUAAUGCUGCAGAACACAGUAAAUGACCUAACCCGGCUUCAUUUCAGUCAGCAAACCUAUUUAUUGCUUAUAUUUCUGCUACUGUAUAUUGUGUACAUAUUUGCACUAUUUUUUUUGCUUCAUCCUUUUUGAGAACAAAUACGGUUUCUAAUCGAUUCAGUUUUAUUGGUGGUAUUUUUUUCGUUUACAUCGUUAAUAAACUUCCCGUUAAGUUUGGAAAUGUUUAAGCAGCAUGCCAGCGACGGCGCAUCAAUGGACAAUCCCAAAUAUGUAAAAUUAGACAGAUAUGCUUUAAUCUUUUGUUUUGGACAUUCAGGAUACAGCCACUGCCUUCUCACUCCCGUUGCUUAUUUGCUGAAUUGAAAUUGUAUUUAAGCAAUUUCGUGUUUUCCUGAGGAGAAUUUCCAGCUGUGACAAUGCUACCGUGUGUAUUCCUAUAUUUUUUCUAUAUCCUUUUUAAAUAGUCUCUUCAUUGUACUGUUUUUUCUAUUGCCUGUGUAAAAAAAACCCUUAGUAUACUUGUAUUUAAAAAAGUAUCAAAAAUAUUUUUUUGUCAAGAUGUUGCCAGAAAUCCUUGACGUGUUUUUUAACUGUCUCUUUUAGCAACCCAGAUCACUCCACGAUGUGAAUAACGAUCCUGUAUAAAUCUAAUAAGACAUCCAAAGUUUCAUUAUACUAUACAUCCAUUUACCUCCUUUCAUAACGAGAACUGCAAAGUAGUACUUCUAAAGCAGUAUUUCUGUACCUAUAAACUGCAUAAUGGAUCUUUUUUUUUAUGUAACCUCUAAACAAAGACCCAUUCUUAAUUUUACUCGGACAUGAUUAUCAAGGACUGUUUUUUGUAAACCAGUUUUGCCAAGGAUUAGAUUGUGCUAGCUCAGAUAAACUGAUCUCCAGGAGAGGGAUCCUGCAAACAUAUACUACUCACCAUUAGAAAAACAUGGACUCAGUGCAGUUCACUGACCAAAUAAAGCAUUGUUUUCUAUGAAA